AUGCUGACAACAAAAGCGUGUGGGUUGGUUUUACUUGUUAUCUCACAUUGCGUUUAUGGUAGGUUGAACAUGUUGGAUGAUGGUAGCUCUGGCAGCAACAGGAUGCGGAUCUCAAAGCAAGAAUGCUGUAUGGUUGGCUCAAUGGUAUGCAUGGAUGGUAUUGGAUUUACAAAGCGAAACCUGUUAAUUAACGAGACUUACAGUGAAACGGCAGCAAGACAAUAUGGAUGA